CCCCACCCUUCUGGGUAGGUACCAAGGUAACUACCCCUCUAUUACCUCACAAAACAAUGAGAGAGCCUGCUACCUGCCUGCUUCACCGUUAUAUGCAGGACGAAAUAUCUCAGACAGCUUGCAAGUAGAAAAUUCCUGCACGAUAGAAACCCUAAAAGGUCUUUCAUCUGCUCAGAAUGGCUCCUGUCGACUACAGCAAAUGGGACGCGCUGGAGCUCAGUGACGACUCGGACAUCGAGGUCCACCCCAAUGUGGACAAGCGAUCGUUCAUCCGCGCCAAACAGUCGCAGAUCCACCAAGAGCGGCAGCAUCGCAAGCAACACAUCGAGACUCUGAAGUAUGAGCGCACCAUAAACGACACUCUCAUACAGCGCAUCUCAUCCCUCCUAGCCUCCCUGAAAGCCCACGCCGCCGAUGCCGAGUCCCGGAACCCGGGUGAGGUGGCCUUCCAGGCCGUCAUGGAGUCCGCCGCGUCGCUCGACCCCAAGGACGACCAGCCGCCGCCCCGGCCAGCCGGCGUUCACGGGAGCGAGGAGCAGCUGCCCACCUACACCAAGAUGAUGGCCACCUUGCUCGAUCAGGUGAACAAGGCUCUGGACGAGAAGAAGAUUGAGCAGGGCAAGAGAUACGGCGGGAUGCUCGUCGAGGUCGAGGACCAUCUGAACAAGGUAGAGAACCUCCAGAAGGAUCUCCAAAAGAAGCUGGACGAGCUGGAGAAGGAAGAGAGCCGCAAGAUCACCAGCGAGAGCAUCCACACCGGAUUCGACAGCUCCCACGUGAACAAGUCGAAGCCCACCGACACAGCAAGCCCUUCCAGUAAUGACUCGCAAGCCGUCGAGCUCCUCAACCCGAGCUUCUCAGUGGCAUCCUCGUCCGGCCCCGAACCGCCCAACAAGCCCACGUCGACGGGCGGCCACCACAACGACGACGAGGAGGAGAUCGACGCGUCCCCCGCGGCGCGAGAGUUCGCGACCAUCAAGCCGGGCGACUACCGCGCGAGCCUGCAGUUCCUGGGCUCCCACCCGCAGAUCCUGACGGAGCGCGAGACGGACGGCCUGCUAGUCCUGGCUCUUGACGCGCAGCUCGAGGGCCACGACGACCGCGCCCGCCAGUGCAUCCACCAGGCCCUGCUGCUGCAGUACUGCCGGGCCCUGGGCCGCGACGGCGUCGCCCUCUUCUUCCGCCGUAUUACCACGAGGGGCCACCAGGCGCAGGAGGUCUUCCUCCGCGACGUCCAGGACACGCACCUCAAGAUCCGGGACAGCGCCCGCAGGAUCAUCGCGCAGCGGGCAAGCGACGACGACGCCGCCGGCGGGGUGGAGCAGAUCCAGCUGCACGCCGUCGAGCCCGGGACCGUGAUCAACAUCCGCAUCCCCGCCGCACCCGCCGAGGGGGGCGAGGGGGGCGACGAGGCGGAGAGGAGGGGGCGGGAGAUAUUCGAGGGGUUCGCGCCCGAGAUGCGCAGGGCGCUGGAGACGGGGAGCCUCGACGAGGUGAACAAGGCGCUCGGCAAGAUGCCCGUUGCCGAGGCCGAGGACCUGGUCGGGAAGCUUGGAGAGGCUGGCAUCCUCAGUCUCGAAGAAGAAAUCAUCGACGCCACCACCGAGGCCGGCCAGCAGCAGCUCAAGCAGAUGGAGGAGCAGGCCGCGCAGACCGCUUCGGAACCGGAGCAGUAUGGCGAUCCCGAGUAGACAGUAGGUAAGCCGGGAAGAGAAGAAGGGGUCGAGGAGUGAGAAAAAGAAAGCAACUUGUCUACCGGAUGAAGGAUAACUGGAUUUGUACGGUUGGAGCAUUCGGCAAGGCGGUUUGAAGCUAGACAGGCGUAUCUAAUGGCAAGUACGCUUUUUAUACCGCCCCUAAAAGAAGAGUUACCUGGCCUGCGUGAUCAUGGCAUGUCCUUGACAAGAGUCAGUGGGCGGUCUCUUUCUCCUUUGUUGCUAGGAUAUAUAUCUCUACGGCAUGAUCUAUUUGGGCCUGGAGAGCCAGACUCACUUAUUCCACAACACGGUGAAAUACACCACUAAUACCCUUCGGAUUGGUAUUGGAUUCCUGCAUGGUUUUUACUAUGUUCGCAAAGACUCAAAAUGCUCAGAGAGCUUAGGUGCUAUACACCAACAGACAAUGAGAUAUCUAUCAACCCG